AUCCUAUUAGGCGGCGAAUUUGGUUGACUGCGCCAUUCACAGUUUCCUUCCCUUUGUUAAUUGAUAUAAAUAGACAACAAACGGCAUUGAAUGCUAAACAAAUUAGGUUUGCAAAGCACUAUAAAUAAAACUUUGAUUGGACAUCAAGUGAGACAGAACCAAAGCACAGCUCUAACACACACGUGCUCUCCAUCUACAACUACAACUGCAAGCUGCAUCAAAAGCUUCUGUGAACGAAGGUGUCGUCUGUGAUACAGGAUAAAGAUGCGACAAGUGGACUGUUACCUGGUGCUGGAGGAUGGCACCGUCAUUCCGGGCUUGUCGUUCGGCCAUGUGGACAAGGAUAGGCCCGUGGGCGGCGAGGUUGUCUUCCAGACGGGCAUGGUUGGCUACACAGAGGCGCUGACAGAUCGCUCGUACAGUGGACAGAUUCUGGUGCUGACAUACCCCCUGAUUGGCAACUACGGAGUGCCCUGCGCGGAGGAGGACGAACACGGCCUGCCCAAGCACUUUGAGUGGCUCAAGGGAGCCGUCCAGGCCACCGCCCUUGUGGUGGGCGAAGUGGCCGAGUGCGCCUGGCACUGGCGCAGCGCCAAGACGCUGCCCAAGUGGAUGAAUGAGCACAAGGUGCCCGGCAUCAGUGGCGUGGACACACGCGCCCUCACCAAAAAGCUGCGAGAACAGGGCAGCCUUCUGGGUCGCAUCGUGUACGAGGCCCCCAAGGAGGGGCCAACCAAACUGAUCUUCGAGGAUCCCAACCAACGUAACCUGGCCCAGGAGUGCAGCGUAAAGCAGAGGAUGGUCUUCGGAGAUGCCACCAGUGGCAAGGGUCCACGCAUCGCCAUCAUCGACUGCGGCCUGAAGCUCAAUCAGCUACGCUGUAUGCUGCAGCGUGGCGCCUCUGUGCAGCUGCUGCCAUGGAGCACUGAGCUGAAGGACGACGAAUACGAUGCCCUCUUCCUGUCCAACGGGCCCGGCAAUCCGGAGAGUUGCGACGCGAUUGUUAAGCAGGUGCGGCGCGUCAUUCAGGCCGGCACGAAGCCCAUCUUUGGCAUCUGUCUGGGCCACCAGCUGCUGGCCAAAGCUAUUGGCUGCUCCACAUACAAGAUGAAGUACGGCAAUCGUGGCCACAAUCUGCCCUGUCUGCACCGCGGCACCGGCCGCUGCCUGAUGACCUCACAGAACCACGGCUAUGCAGUGGAUCUGCAGGAUCUACCCGGGGACUGGGAGGAGCUCUUUGUGAAUGCCAAUGACGGCACCAACGAGGGCAUUGUGCACCGCUCCAAGCCCUAUUUCUCAGUGCAGUUCCAUCCGGAGCAUCAUGCCGGACCCUGCGACACCGAAUUCCUGUUCGAUGUCUUUAUGGAAUCCAUCGGCAAUCCCCAGCUGAGUGUGCCGGAGCUGAUAGAGCGACGACUGCGUCCCGCCAAGCUGCUGCCCGUCCAGCCCAAGCCACGCAAGGUGCUCAUCCUGGGCUCUGGCGGCCUGUCCAUUGGCCAAGCGGGCGAAUUCGAUUACUCCGGCUCGCAGGCCAUCAAGGCGAUGCGCGAGUGCGGCAUCCAGACGGUGCUCAUCAAUCCGAACAUCGCCACUGUGCAGACCUCGAAGGGAAUGGCGGACAAGUGCUAUUUCCUGCCCCUUACACCGCACUACGUGGAGGAGGUUAUCAAAUCGGAGCGGCCCAACGGUGUGCUGCUCACCUUUGGCGGCCAGACGGCCCUCAAUUGCGGCGUGGAACUGGAUCGCGCUGGCGUCUUUGACAAGUACAAUGUCCGCAUUCUCGGCACGCCCAUCCAGUCGAUCAUCGAAACGGAGGAUCGUAAGCUUUUCGCGCAGAUUGUCAACGAUAUUGGUGAGCAGGUGGCGCCAUCGGAGGCCGUCUAUUCGGUGGCCGAGGCACUGGAGGCGGCCGGACGUCUCGGCUAUCCGGUGAUGGCAAGGGCCGCCUUCUCGCUGGGCGGCCUGGGCUCUGGCUUCGCCAACAACGAACAGGAGCUGGAGAGCCUGGCCGAACAGGCGCUGGCCCACUCUAGCCAGCUGAUUGUGGACAAGUCGCUCAAAGGCUGGAAGGAGGUCGAAUACGAGGUGGUGCGCGAUGCCUUCGACAAUUGCAUCACCGUCUGCAACAUGGAGAACUUUGAUCCGCUUGGCAUCCACACGGGCGAGAGCAUUGUGGUGGCACCCUCGCAGACGCUCUCGGACCGAGAGUACCAAAUGCUGCGUAACACCGCCCUGAAGGUCAUCCGGCAUCUGGGCGUGGUGGGGGAGUGCAACAUCCAGUAUGCGCUGUGCCCCCACUCGGAGCAGUUCUACAUCAUCGAGGUGAAUGCGCGAUUGUCGCGCAGCUCGGCGCUGGCCAGCAAAGCCACCGGCUAUCCCCUGGCCUAUGUGGCCGCCAAACUGGCCUUGGGGCUGCCCCUGCCCGAGAUUAAGAACUCGGUGACGGGGAAUACGACGGCCUGUUUUGAGCCCUCCCUCGACUACUGUGUGGUGAAGAUACCGCGCUGGGAUCUGGCCAAAUUUUCGCGCGUCAGCAAGCACAUCGGCAGCUCCAUGAAGAGCGUGGGCGAGGUAAUGUCCAUUGGACGCAGCUUCGAGGAGGCCUUCCAGAAGGCCCUACGCAUGGUCGACAGCGAUGUGCUGGGCUUCGAUGCGGACGGUGUGGUCGUGGAUGAGCAGCUGCUGGCGGAUCAGCUGUCAGAGCCCACAGAUCGACGGCCCUUUUUCCUGGCCGCUGCCCUGUACUUGGGCAUGAACAUCCAUGAGAUGCAUCAACUGACCAAAAUCGAUCAGUGGUUCCUGCACAAACUGGAGCGCAUUGUCUGCUUCUAUCACUAUCUCAGACGCCACAAUUCCGACGGCAAACAGCUGGACCACCAUCUGCUGCUGAAGGCCAAGCGUCUGGGCUUCUCCGACAAGCAGAUAGCCAAGGUAACCAAAAGCACUGAGCUGGUGGUGCGCCAACAGCGACACGAGCUGGGCAUCCGUCCGUCUGUCAAGCAGAUCGACACGGUGGCCGGUGAGUGGCCGGCGAGCACCAAUUAUCUGUAUACGACCUAUCACGGCACCGAGCACGACGUGGAGUUCCCCGGCGGUCACAUCAUUGUGGUGGGCUCGGGCGUCUAUCGCAUUGGCUCCUCGGUGGAGUUUGACUGGUGUGCCGUGGGCUGUCUGCGGGAGCUGCGCAAGCUGGAGAAGCGCACCAUUAUGAUCAACUACAAUCCGGAGACGGUCUCCACCGACUACGACAUGUGUGAUCGGCUGUACUUUGAGGAGAUCAGCUUUGAGGUGGUGAUGGACAUCUACGAACUGGAGUCCUCCGAUGGCAUCAUCCUCUCGAUGGGCGGCCAGCUGCCCAACAACAUUGCCAUGGAUCUGCACCGGCAGCAGGCCAAGGUUCUGGGCACUUCCCCGGACUCCAUUGACUGUGCCGAGAAUCGUUUCAAGUUCUCGCGCAUGCUCGAUCGGAAGGGCAUCCUCCAGCCGCGCUGGAAGGAGCUGACCAACCUCAAGUCGGCCAUCGAGUUCUGCGAGGAGGUGGGCUAUCCCUGCCUGGUCCGGCCCUCGUAUGUGCUGUCCGGCGCGGCCAUGAAUGUGGCCUACUCCAACCAGGAUCUGGAGACGUAUCUGAACGCCGCCUCGGAGGUGAGUCGCGAGCAUCCGGUGGUCAUAUCCAAGUUUCUCACCGAGGCCAAGGAAAUCGACGUUGAUGCUGUCGCGGCCGACGGUCAGAUCCUUUGCAUGGCCGUCUCCGAGCAUGUGGAAAAUGCUGGCGUCCAUUCGGGCGAUGCAACGCUGGUCACACCGCCGCAGGAUCUCAACGCGGAGACACUGGAGGCCAUCAAGCGGAUCACCUGCGCCCUGGCCAGUCUUCUGGAUGUCACCGGACCCUUCAACAUGCAACUGAUUGCCAAGAACAACGAACUCAAGGUUAUUGAGUGCAAUGUGCGCGUCUCGCGCUCUUUCCCCUUCGUCUCGAAGACCCUCGACCAUGACUUUGUGGCCACUGCCACCAGGGCCAUAGUCGGCAUGGAUGUGGAGCCCGUCGAUGUGCUCCAUGGAGUCGGCAAGGUCGGUGUAAAGGUGCCACAGUUUAGUUUCUCCCGCCUUGCGGGAGCCGAUGUCCAGCUGGGCGUUGAGAUGGCCUCCACCGGCGAAGUGGCCGGCUUUGGCGACAACCGCUACGAGGCCUACCUCAAGGCCAUGAUGUCCACUGGCUUUCAGAUACCCAAGAACGCCGUACUCCUCUCCGUUGGCAGCUUCAAGCAUAAAAUGGAGCUGCUUCCUUCCAUACGGGACCUGGCCAAGAUGGGCUACAAGCUGUACGCCUCCAUGGGCACGGGCGACUUCUAUGCGGAACAUGGCGUUGAUGUGGAAUCGGUACAGUGGACAUUCGAUAAGACAACACCGGACGACAUCAAUGGAGAUUUGCAGCAUUUGGCCGAAUUUCUGGCCAACAAACAGUUCGAUUUGGUCAUCAAUUUGCCCAUGAGUGGGGGAGGUGUCAGAAGGGUAUCCUCCUUCAUGACUCAUGGCUAUCGCACCCGCCGCCUGGCGGUGGACUACUCCAUACCCUUGGUGACGGAUGUCAAGUGCACCAAACUGCUGGUGGAAUCGAUGCGCCUGAUGGGUGGCCAGCCGGCAAUGAAGACGCACACGGAUUGCAUGACCUCACGGCGGAUUGUCAAGCUGCCGGGCUUCAUCGAUGUCCAUGUGCAUCUGCGGGAGCCGGGUGCCACACACAAGGAGGACUUUGCCAGCGGCACAGCCGCCGCCUUGGCUGGCGGUGUGACGCUGGUCUGUGCCAUGCCCAACACAAAUCCCUCGAUAGUGGACAAGGAGACGUUUGCUGAGUUCCAGGAGCUGGCACGCCUUGGGGCCCGCUGUGACUAUGCCCUGUAUUUGGGCGCCUCCGAUGCGAACUGGGCGCAGGCCCACGAGCUGGCCACGCAAGCCUGUGGCCUCAAGAUGUACCUCAACGACACGUACGGCACACUGAGGCUCAGCGAUAUGACGGCCUGGCAGCGGCAUCUCUCACACUGGCCCAAACGGGCGCCGAUCGUCUGCCACGCGGAGAAGCAAAGCAUGGCGGCUGUGGUGCUGCUGGCACACCUUCUGGAUCGCCAUGUGCACAUUUGCCAUGUGGCCAGGAAGGAGGAGAUCCAGCUGAUCCGAGCGGCCAAGGAGAAGGGCAUCAAGGUGACGUGCGAAGUGUGUCCGCACCAUUUGUUCCUCAGCACCAAGGAUGUGGAGCGUCUGGGCAAGGGCAUGUCAGAGGUGCGUCCGCUCCUCUGCUCGCCCGAAGACCAGGAGGCUCUGUGGGACCACAUGGAGUACAUCGAUGUGUUUGCCACCGAUCAUGCACCGCACACGCUCGCGGAGAAACGAUCCGAGAAACCGCCGCCCGGUUUUCCCGGCCUGGAGACCAUUCUGCCGCUCCUGCUGCAGGCUGUGCACGAGGGACGGCUCACCAUGGAGGAUAUCAAACGCAAGCUGCACCGCAAUCCGCGCAACAUCUUCAAUCUGCCCGAGCAGCCGCACACCUAUGUAGAGGUCGAUCUGGAUGAGGAGUGGACCAUCACUGGCAGCGAGUUGAAGACCAAGGCUGGCUGGACGCCCUUCGAGGGGACCAAGGUGACGGGUCGUGUCCAUCGCGUCGUGCUGCGCGGCGAGGUGGCCUUCAUCGAUGGCCAGGUACUCGUCCAGCCCGGAUUCGGGCAGAAUGUACGCACCAAGGCAGGCGCCCAGCAGCUGCUGCUGUCCGAGGCCACAGAGGAGCUGCCCAGCGAUAGGGAUGCCAAUGACACAUUCGCCCGCCUCUUGACUGUGGAAGGAUCGGCCAAGGUGCACUUUGUGGACGAGGCCAAUAGUUCAAACAGCUUCCUACGGCCCAUCUCGCCGUCGCCGCGCCACCGCCUGGACUCGUCCAGCAACACCACCCUGCGGGACUAUCUGCAGAGGACCGCCAUGUCAGGGUCAGGAUCGGCGACGGCGACGGCCAAUCAGUACGCUCAGCCCAGUGCCAAUCCGGUGGCCCACUCGCUGGUGGGCAAGCACAUCCUGACCGUGGACAUGUUCAGCAAGGACCAACUAAACGACAUAUUCAAUCUGGCGCAGCUGCUCAAGUCGCGGGUGACCAAGGACCGGCCGGUGGACGAUCUACUGCGCGGCAAGAUCAUGGCCAGCGUCUUCUACGAGGUGAGCACACGGACGCAGUGCAGCUUCGCCGCUGCCAUGCAACGACUGGGCGGCCGAAUGAUCAGCAUGGAUCAGCUCACAUCGUCCGUGAAGAAGGGCGAAUCCCUGGAGGAUAGCAUCAAAGUGAUGGCCAGCUAUGCAGAUGUCAUGGUGCUGCGCCAUCCCCUACCCGGUGCUGUGGCUCGUGCCGCCUUGUACUCCCGCAAGCCGGUGAUCAAUGCUGGCGAUGGCGUCGGCGAGCAUCCCACCCAGGCACUGUUGGACAUCUUUACCAUACGGGAGGAGAUCGGCACCGUCAACGGACUCACCAUCACCAUGUGUGGCGAUCUGAAAAACGGCCGCACUGUCCACUCCCUGGCGCGUCUCCUCACCCUCUACAAUGUGACGCUGCAGUAUGUGGCGCCCAACACACUCCAGAUGCCGGAAGAGAUCAGCAAUUAUGUAAACGAGCGCGGCGUGAAGCAGCUAUACUGCAAUUCGCUCGAGUCGGUGCUCGCCGACACCGAUGUCCUCUACAUGACGCGCGUACAACGCGAGCGCUUCGACAGCGAGGCAGAGUAUCAGAAGUGCUACGGUCGCUUCAUUGUCACGCCCAAGCUGAUGACGCUGGCCAAAAAGCGUAUGAUUGUGCUGCAUCCGUUGCCCCGUCUGGAUGAGAUCAGUCGCGACUUUGAUUUGGAUCCGCGCGCUGCCUACUUCCGGCAGGCCGAGUACGGCAUGUACAUUCGCAUGGCUCUGCUGGCCAUGGUCGUUGGGUGCCGCAGCACUGCUCUGUAAUGGACUUCCAUUUGCAACGUUCUUUUUUCCAAUAUUUAGAUAGAAAUAUGCCCCAGCAUUCAGUUACACAUUCAGUUUGUGAUAGUUAUUAAAGACAUCCUUCAAUUGGUUACAACA